AUGCUGUUCCCGAGACUCCUUGGUGAAUAUGAUCAGAAUAAUCAACUCGGGCACUACAGUGUUUAUACUGGGAAAGUCGUACCCGGCGAGUUGGCGACUGACAGUGGCUUUUGGGAUGCUUACAGGACGGUUUACCUCUGGUUAAGUGUUGCCGCUCCGGACAUUCUAGAUCGUCUUUUAGAGGGGUGGGUGAAUGCCUAUAAGGAAGCUGGAUGGUUACCGACGUGGGCGUCACCUGGCCAGAGGGGCUCUAUGGUUGGCACUAUGGGGGAUGUGGUUCUUGGUUGGGCGAUAAUUGCCAACAAGACGCCGCAUUUGGCUGAUGAUAUGUACGCGGCCAUCCGGAAAGAUGCUUUU